AUGCAGAUGGAGCUCAGUGAACUUAAACCGCCGCAGCGCACAAGGAAGCAGCUCCAGGAACUCAUUGGGCUGCUGAAUUGGCUCCGGUCGUUCGCGACAGUCACUGCCUCGAUGACCCACCUGUCCCCGAAGAAUAAGUUCCGGUGGACAGCUGCUACGGACGAGGCCUUCCGCCAAGUCAAACAACAAUUUCGUAACUGCCACACCUUGUCCCGCCUGAAGCCCGACCGCCCGCUCUUCGUCCAGACUGACACCGGCCGGGAUGGGCUCGGUCCUUUACCAGAGGAGAGUUCUGGCGAGGGAGAAGCGAGGCUCGGCCGCUGGCACUACGUGGAGGAUCCGGGACAGGCGGUCAGGAGAGGGGGUAGGACUUGA